GGCAGCCGAUGUAACACUGCAUCAAGCUGGAUCUGUUCCCAAAAAUGAAUUUCUGACAGAUUUAGAAAAACUUGAUAAACUUCAUUCUGGUGAACCAGAGGAUGUUGAAUCACAAGGGUCUCAAGGAAGUGCUGAUGCCAUGGAAAUUGAUGAUGGAGAAAGAAAUUCAAGAGAACCGGUAGAUAUGACAAAGAAGAUUUACAACUUAGAUUAUCAAAUAAAUGUAUGGUCUGAUUACCUUAGACUUCAUCUACAUCCUAAGACUGUCAGUUUAGUACAGGAAUAUGAACAUCAAAGUGAAAGUGAAAAUUUCAAUGCAUUCACAUAUGGCUCACAAGUGAUGAAUAGCACCAAGUCAAGUGAUGAUAUCGAAGAUAGGAUAAGAUUCUUUACUGAGGAAUCUGAUCAACUGCAGGGUUUCCAGUUUUCAGUAGAUACAUUCGAUGGCUUCUCUGGUCUAGGAUGCAAACUUGUAGAACAAUUAUCAGAUGAAUUCAGCAGUAAAAGUAUUAUCACAUUUGCUACUUCUCCCGCUCAUUUCCCAAAUAGCACUACGAUAGAAGAUAGUCAGCGUGUUAUCAACAGUGUAUUAUCAUAUGAUGGACUAUGCAACCACAGUUCUCUCUGUCUACCACUAUGUGUAUCAAGUACUCUAUGGAGACAACCUGGACUUGCAACAAACUUUCCUAAUCUCAUUUAUGAUGCUAAUUUAAAUUAUCACAGCAGUGCUAUUUUAGCAAUGGCACUUGAGACUGCUACCUUGCCGUAUAGAUUAGAGAAUAAUUGUAUACAAAUGAGUACAAUAACAGAUGCAUUAUCAACAAUGGGACGAAAGUUGUCUUCUCUAUCAGUUUCCCUGCCUGUACCACUAUCCACAGAUUCAUCAUUAGCUGAAAUGUUUAAGCAUUACACUGACCUCUCUCCAUGGCAACCCAUUACACCAUAUUGUAGUCAAGCAUCCCCUCAGAAUUGUUUUGCACAAACGGUUUCAUUAAGAGGGAUACCCAAGCAGUUACUUAAAAGUCCCCCAAUAGAAGGAAAACAUGUAGUAAUAUGGAUGAAAUGUUGA